AAUGGAAAAAUACACAGAUCGUUAGUUUGUCCUUCUUACGAGUGUAUCAGUGAGGAUGAUUUUUUUAUACAAGAUUGUUCAUGACUAGGGAACUGUCUUAAUGGAGAUAUUGAAGCUAUGUGACAGGAAGGGAAAUAAAUAUUGCUGAAAUAAUUUCUGAAGGGUAGAGUGAUAUUAAAUGCUGUAAAGCAAUUACUUUGGGUGGGGGAAGGCUUUUCCUGCUGUUCAAGCAUGAUGUUUAUCACCUUAAAUAUGUUCUGCUUAGUUCAGUGAUUCUAUGCUAAUCUUCAAACCCAGGAAGUUUCUACCCAGAAACUCCAGACCCAGAAACCCUAUCUGUGGGAAGAAACUCUGGAGAUUAAUGGGCUAGUGUAUAUGGUUUUGUAAACCAACAGGACCCUUUUAAGGCUUCUGUUAAAUAGUUGACCUUGAUGUUGUGACAUUAACCUCUGUAUAUGUUCUCACCCUAGUACUGAAAAUGGGAGAUAUUGAGAAGGGGAAGAAGAUCUUUGUCCAGAAAUGUUCCCAGUGCCAUACAGUUGAAAAGGGAGGCAAGCACAAGACUGGACCCAACCUGAAUGGCCUGUUUGGACGUAAGACUGGACAAGCUGAGGGCUUCUCUUACACAGAUGCUAAUAAGAAUAAAGGAAUCACCUGGGGUGAGGAUACUCUGAUGGAGUAUUUGGAAAAUCCAAAGAAGUACAUCCCAGGAACAAAGAUGAUUUUUGCGGGUAUUAAGAAGAAGUCUGAGAGAGCAGAUUUAAUAGCAUAUCUCAAAGAUGCUACUUCUAAGUAAACUUUUAUCUGCUGCCUUAUUUAUUUCACAAAGGAGAUGGCAAUGGAAAUGUCUGUGAUGGUUUUUAAACUUUCUAUUUUUACAUGUACUGUAUCUAACCUUAAAAUUUGCCUCACUCGCCAAAUAAUGUUGCUUGUGGUGGGUGGUUGGAAUACAUGCUUGUUUGGCAGCCAUAACUUAAGGAAACCUUAUGUAACUGGGUAGACAUCAGUGAAUACAAUGUUCAGUCAUUCUUGAUCAUGGAAUUAAAUGGAGGAAAAAAAAUAAACAUUUCCUGCCUCUUCAUUGUAAAAAAUAUCAAGCGAGUCAUUGCAAACAGCAUAAUAGCUUUGGCAGCCCACCUCUUCGUGGUUUAAAAAAAGUAGGGUGGGUUUUUGCAUCCUUCCAAAUGCAUCAUUUGUAACAUUACCUGCAAGAUAACAAAACGGUAUUUUUCUAAUCCUGACCAGUGCAAUGUGUGGUUGUAUACGUUCAUCUGGCUAAAGCUUGGGAUAAGAAUGCAAGUUCAUCUGACUUCAUAAGUACUACCUGUGAUAUGGCAGUUGUACCAACCCACUUCUAGGGGAAGCAUGUUGCCUGUUUAUCCAGACUUUGAGAGCUGCAUGCACCAGUAGAGCAUAGACUAUAUCAGAAAAAUUUUCAAUUUUUGAAGUGUUGUUGAAACCCUUUGUUCAAUAACUCUUCAGAACAUACCUGUUCAUAGCUUAAUAAAUGGAACAGAGAACUGUACUGUCCUGGAAAGAUAAGUGCUGAACACUAAGCUGAAUGUUACUAAAUCUCACUUCAACAGGAGUGUUAACCUAAAAUCUAUUGUUACAAGCAAAUUCUGCUGAAGGGGUGUAGGCAAGAAUGCACUGGUAGACUAAAAGGAGGCUGUCUUCCUCUGUGUCUGUGCUUGCCUUGUGUCAUUACUUUAGAAGGUUCUAUUUCAUGCAGUGUAAAAUAGUGUGUUUUUAAAGUUCUAACUGCAUCUUUUCAUACUAAGUGAAUUGUUAAGCUGAAUGUAUUUACUGUGUACCAGUGGCAAGGCCCAAUUCAAAGAGUGAUCAACAUUGUAAAUUAAAGAACUCAAAAUCUUG